AUGAAUUAUUCAUUAAAACACAUCCGAUGUUUAGAAUUCUUUAGUGGAAUAGGCGGCCUUCAUUAUUCUUUUAAUCUCGCAUGUCCUCUUGGAGAAGUUGUUGCUAGCUUCGAUAUAAAUAUCAUAGCGAAUGCUGCAUACAAACAUAAUUUUGGAAAAAAUCCAGUGACGAGAUAUGAUGCAAAUUGUUGGUUAAUGAGUCCACCAUGUCAACCAUAUACCCGUGGUGGAAAAGGACUAGAUGAUCAAGAUCCGAGAGCAAAAGGGUUGCUUCAUUUGAUUGAUAUUUUGGCUAAAUUAUCUAAUCCUCCAAAUUACAUAUUUCUUGAAAAUGUAUUGAAUUUUGAGUUUAGCAAACUGGAGAAAGCGAUUAUGCCACAGAAAUACUUUGAACAAGCGACUAUACAUGCUUCUUGGCCAUUUGAAUGUAUGUUGAAUAACAAAGACAAUAACAAAUGUCAUCACUGGAAGCAGCAACAGGACUGGCAACUUUCGGAAUUUGAUAUUCCUGAAUUGAGCAAUUAUAUCGAAAAUAUCUUGGAUGAAAAAGAAUUAAAUAAAUAUUUAGUUCCUGAAAAGUAUAUUUUGAAAAGCUAUAAUUUUAAAUUUGAUAUUGUAAGGCCAACCGAUAAAAGAUGUUCAUGCUUUACAAAAUCUUACGGUAGUCAUCAUAUAUUUGGAAGUGGUUCACUUAUACAAACCAAAAAUUUAGAGUUUACGGAUUACAAUUUUGAAAAUCCCAAAUCAUUGCUUGAACUUGGAUUAAGAUUUUUUACGCCAACAGAAAUUGCAAAAUUACAUGCAUUUCCUUUAAAAUCUCACCUGUCAUCAAAUUCAAGUAGAAAAAAUGAAAAUGUAAUUGAUUCUAUUGAUAAUUAUACUCCAAAAUUGUAUAAUUGUUUUGAAUUAAUGCAAACAUCAAAUUAUUUGGAAUUUCCUGAUGAUAUUAGUAUAAUUCAGAAAUAUAGAUUAUUGGGAAAUGGUUUAAAUAUAUUUGUUGUUUCAGAGUUGUUAAGAUGUGUUUUAUUUAGUGAUGUUAAAAAAUAA